ACAACUUCACCAACCACAACCACUGCGACAUCCAAAACCACGACAACUGCAGGUCCAACCACAACAGUUGCUGCUCCAACAAUGACAACUGCUGGACCAUCCACGACAGCAGCAUCAACCACCACAACUGGGGCACCAACAACCACAAAAGCCAAUCCAACCACAACAGUUGUGGCUCCAACAACAAAUGCUGCGGCACCAUCCACGACAGCCAAACAACGCAACACCACUGUGGCACCAACGACAACAACAGCUACUACAACCACAGCAAAUGUGGCUGGGACUACGAAAGCUGCAGGACAAUCCACGACAGCUGAACUGUCCACAACCACUGCCGCAUCAACAAUCAUUACAACUGUGGCUCCGACCACAACAGUUGCAGCUCAAACAACGACAACUGCUGGACCAUCCACGACAGCCGAACCAAUUACCACCACUGUGGCACCAACAGUCAAAACAGUUGCUCCAAACACAGCAGUUGUGUCCCUAACAACAACAACUACAGGACAUUUCACGACAGCAGCACACACAGCCAGCACUGUGGGACAAACAACCACAAAUGCUGCACCAACCACGACGAGUGCAGCUCUAACCACAACAACUGUGGGAGCAUCCUCGACUACAGCAGCACCAACAACCACCACUGCACCACCAACAACCACAACAACUGCACCAACCACAACCACUGCAACAUCAACAACCACAACAACUGCGGCUCCAACCAAAGCAGUUGCUGCUCCAACAACGACAACUGCGGGACGAACCACGACAGCAGCAACCACAACCAUGACAAGUGCGACUCUAACCACGUCAACUGCGGGACCAGCCACAACAACUGGGGCACAAUCCACUACAGCAGCACCAACAACCGCCACUGCAGCACCAACAGCCACAACAACUGCACCAACCACAACCGUUGCAACAUCAACAAUCAUUAGAACUGCGACUCCAACCACAAUGGUUGCGGCUCCAACAACAACAACUGCAGGACCAUCCACAACAACUGCGAGACAAUCCACGAUAGCAGGACCAACCACAACAACUAACCACUGCGACAUCAAAAACCACAACAACUGCACCAACCACAACCACUGCGACAUCCAAAACCACGACAACUGCAGCAGCAUCAACAACCACCACUGCAACACCAACAACCACAACAACUGCACCAACCAGAACCACUGCGACAUCAAAACCCACAUCAACUGCACCAACCACAACCACUGCGACAUCCAAAACCACGACAACUGCAGGUCCAACCACAACAGUUGCUGCUCCAACAACGACAACUGCAGGACCAUUCACAACAGCAGCAACCACAACAGCUGCCACUUCAACAACAACAACCGUUCCAACCACGACAACAGCUGUACCAACCCCGACCACUGCCACACCAAAGACCACAACAGCCGCUGGAGCCCUUCAGUGUCAAACCUGCAUAGAUCAGAUGUGUUCAAGCACAGCACUAAAAACAUGUUCUUCAGAGACGAUGUGUAUUACAGCUACUAUUUUAGCAGCAUCAACAACCACCACUGCAACACCAACAACCACAACAACUGCAUUAACCAGAACCACUGCGACAUCAAAAACCACAACAACUUCACCAACCACAACCACUGCGACAUCCAAAACCACGACAACUGCAGGUCCAACCACAACAGUUGCUGCUCCAACAAUGACAACUGCUGGACCAUCCACGACAGCAGCAUCAACCACCACAACUGGGGCACCAACAACCACAAAAGCCAAUCCAACCACAACAGUUGUGGCUCCAACAACAAAUGCUGCGGCACCAUCCACGACAGCCAAACAACGCAACACCACUGUGGCACCAACGACAACAACAGCUACUACAACCACAGCAAAUGUGGCUGGGACUACGAAAGCUGCAGGACAAUCCACGACAGCUGA